GCCCAAACAGAUUCAAGAAGCCCCAAUCCCAAUGCUCGGGAGGCAAGGGAAUUAGCCUCAUCCCAACAUUCAACAGUAGAAUUUCUUCAUGGAUGAAGGGCAAAGACAACAUAAACUGAUAGAGGCUGUUGCUCCUGUUGCAGACCAUGGUCAUCAACCUCAGCACAGGCCAGCCAUGAGGCCAUUGGUAAGUCCAGCCUACAAGAAGCCUUAUACAGACAUCAUUGAUCAUGAAAAUCUUUUUCCGAGGGGUUUUAAAGUGCCUAAGUUCACUCUAUUUUCUAGUGAGGCUAGUCAGUCCACUAUUGAACAUAUUGGACGCUUCACAAUACAGUGUGGAGAGGCGUCUGGAGAUGAUAACCUGAAACUCAAACUAUUCCCUAGCUCUUUGACUGGGAUAGCCCUUACUUGGUACCUCAGUUUACCUCAAAACUCAGUCUAUUCUUGGAGGCAAAUGGAGGACUUUUUCCAUACUCAAUUCUAUCGCUGUGAAUUGGAAGUGUCUAUGGCAGACUUGUCUAGGUUAGCCCAAAAGCCUGGAGAGUCGUCUGAGGCAUUUCUUGCUAGGUUCCAGAGAGCGAGACUAAAAUGUCGAGUUUCACUCCAAGAACAGGAAUUUGUCAAGCUGGUUCUGAAUGAAGACGUUCAAAAGAAAGCUGCAUCACAUGGCACCUAUUACAAUGACCCUAAUUUUGAUCUUGAUAUGGCUGAGGUGGUUACAGACAAGCCUGUUGUCUGUCCAGACCUUAUCAGACCAACUCAUCAACCUGAGACGUCUGUGAGACAUUAUGUUAACAAAGCGAAGGAAACCAUGGAAGUAGAUGCAGAUCCUUUUCCAACUGUGUCUGUUAGCGUGAAUGUUCCAGACUUGAGGAGUGUUGCCAGAAAUCGUUAUCUACCUUAUGCUCAAAGGAAUCUUGCAGUUAAAGACCUCAGGUGGGUUAUUGAGGCGCAAAGAUCCAGACAUAGCAGGAGCGUCAGGUCAGACUGGCAGAGGCCCGGGGGGCAAGGAAGGAUCAUUGUGACCAAGAACUUUAGCCCAGAAAGUACCAAACCUCACUCAACUGGUACUAGAUCUCCAAGAAUGAUUAAACCACCACUCAGGUCACCGUUCAGACGAUGGGAGAAAGUUAAUCAUCCAAAGUUUCCAACCCAAAAUCCCAGAACCUUGAGACCACACCAACCUACCAAAAGGAACAUGGUGUGGGUGAGAAAAGAGAAAAAGGAAGUUGCCACCCAUACUUUAUUGGAGGAGGAAGACCAAUCUCCAGCCUCUCCAAAGGUGGCAUCUGUCAUUGUGGGUGCAGAUGACAUGUUGAAAGCAACUUUUGAAGCACAAGAACAGUCUGAAAAUGUUGGAAAUGGUGGCAAGGCUAAGGUGGUGUCUGCAGAUGAUAGGCCUUUUUCAGCCAAUACUCACCUAGUGGAGGCUAGGUAUUAUAAAGAAGACAUUGGGACCAUUCAGUUUUUUGGGAUGGAUAGACAUGGGAAGCUGAUUGGGAUAACAGCAGUCAACAGACCGUCAUUGUCUAAGCGUGUCGUAGAGGAAGUCUGUGCUGUUGGAACUUUUGAGUGGAUUGUGAUGCCAUUUGGUCUGAAGAAUACUGAAGCCACCUACCAAAGAGCCAUGAAUGCAAUUUUUCAUGAUAUGAUUGGCAAAUUCAUGGAAAUCUACAUUGAUGAUGUUGUGGUGAAGUCACACGACGAAGACGACCACCUAAUUCAUUUGAGAAAGGCUUUUGAGUGGAUGAGACAACAUGGCUUGAAAAUGAACCCAUUGAAGUGUACCUUUGGAGUGUCUGUAGGUAAUUUCCUUAGAUACUUGGUACAUAAGCGUGGUCUGGAGAUUGAAAAAAACAAGGCCAAGGCUGUGAUCGAGGCUCAACCACCACAGGCCAAGAAGGAGUUGUAGAGGUUUCUUGACCAAGUUAAUUUCUUAAGACGUUUCAUUUUUAACUUGGCUGGGAAAACCAGAGUCUUUUCUCCUCUGUUGAAACUCAAGUCUCAAGUGGAUUUUAAAUGCGAAGAACAACACCAGUCUGCCUUUGAUACAAUAAAGUGGUACUUAUCUA